AUGCGCUUCAAAGCCCAGAUCCACAACAUACACACCUUCACGAAGCUGACGGCAUCGCUCAACUCGCUGGGUCCGCUCGCCUGGCUCAAGCUCAGCGAUGAGCAGGUGUGCUUCACCAUCAUUCCCGAGCAAGGCACCCAGGUGUGGGCUGUCCUCUCCAUUGAUACCAUCUUCGAUACAUAUGCCGUCCAAUCCGCCGCCAACAAUGUCAUCAAUCUCGAAGUGCCUCUAGGGCCGCUCAAUCGUGCUCUCAAGUCCGCCUUGAACGCGACCUCGGCCCAGAUCCGCCUGACGAAGAAGGACAACAUACCUCUCCUGGCCCUCACCAUUGCCACAACCUCGUCCAACAACGCGUACUCGGCGUUCCCCACUAGCGGAAGCCGCGACGAUGACACCAUGUUCGAUGCCCAGUCUGGCGGGAGCAGAGAAACCGUCAUCACCCAAGAGGUGCCCGUACGAGUACUUGCGCCCGACACCGUGUCGGGCCUCCACGAACCCCAGACUCGCGAACCGGACGUCCAUAUCAUUCUGCCUCCGUUGAUGCAGCUCAAAAGCAUAAGUGAUCGGUUCACCAAGCUGGCCCUAGCAGGAGCUAGGACAAGCUCAGGAGCUGCGGCGACCAGGACAAGACUCGACAUGGCCGCCAACAUGCACGGCUGUCUCAGGAUGAGCAUCAAGACCGACGCUAUGAGCAUAUCCUCUGUCUGGACCGAUCUCGCAAACCCAGAGCUGGACCCUAGUCAGGUAGCCAACGGCGACAUCGGCAUCGCAGAACACCCGAGUACGCGUAUGAAGCUGCUGGGUAGUGCAGAUGGCCGCAGCGAAGAAGGCUGGGCGUCGGUGAGGAUAGACGGUAAGGACUGGGCCAAAGUCAUGAGUGUUGGGCGGCUGGGCGGGAGGGUCAUUGCUUGUUUCUGUCAUGAACAUGCACUGAUUCUGUACGUCUAUCUGCCAACUGAUGGUGGUGAAGAUGAAUCGGUUUUGACGUAUUACAUUAGUUCAUACAGCGCCUAGCUGUCGGAUCGAGUUACCAACACGCGCCUUACGAUUUACGAAAUAGAUAUCAGCUCACACAAGCCCCAUAAGUUACGUAGUCUCACUCACGCACUCUGCGAAUCAAAUGAUUGUAACACUCUGCGUAUCAUGCAGCACAAUCGAUUC